AUGCGUGCCACGAGAGCUCUCCAGAUGUUCCGCCCGACGGCGCGCAUGAUGCGGCCGGUGCCCAAGGAGGAUCAAUCUGCCCACACCAUCUCACAACGCCUGCGGAAACUCAAGUCGAUCCCGCCCGAGUUGAUCCCCCUCGGUGUCGUCGUCGCGUUCGCCGUCGGUGCCGCGUUCUACUCCAGCAUGCGCCACUUCUUCGUGGACAAGACGCUCCGCCUCAAGCGGCAGAACCGCGCUCCGGAGAAGCACGAGCACGCUUCUUCGCACGGCGAUGCCGAGCACAACUGA